AUGUCUCAAGUUCAGAGCGUCUCAUCAGAGGAGCCUGUUGACAUGCAAGAACUCCAGGACAUCCCGAGCCGCGAUAGAGGUGGCCCGGAAAACAACCAGAUUUCUGGUAGCAGCGCAGCCAACUCGUCUGCGUCAGAGCAACACAUGAUCGUCUCGAUUGCACCAAUCCAUCCAAGCAACAUUCCCUCAGGCCCAACAAACCAAUGGCGUAAAGUCCUCCAGAGCCCCGAACUCAUCGGCAUCGUCUCCCUCACAACCCUCGCCUUGACCAUCAUCGCCGUCGCCAUGGCCAUAUGCUCGACUCUAUGGGCCUCCAAAAGCUUCACAUUCGGCGCCUGCGUUAGCCUGGCCCAAAUCGAUCGAUUCACGCGGUCGUGCAACGACACCAUCGCAGGCGGCAUCCCUGCGUUUGGUAUCCGCCAGCGCUCUGCUGACAUUGAUUUCGAGAACGACAAUUUCGAGUGGAGCUGGAGCAGGGAUCAUGGGUACAGUCGACAGCAGUUCUUGAAGACCUCAUCGCUGCGGGAAUUCGUCUCUGUGACCUUGCUCUUGGUCCGUGGCUUCAUCGCUCUCGCGCUGAGCUGUUUUCUGGACCCACUGCCGCCGGGAUCGCGAUUUAGCAGUCGAUAUUUGUGGUCAGAGGGCUCUUUGCUCCUGCGAACGUUGGGCAUGUUUGCUGCUUUGUUCUGGUGUGAGAUUGCAUUUUAUGGGCUGUAUCCGAAGGACACGGUGGCUUUUGUGGAGAUUGUAACUGUUCUAGUGAUUGUUGGUAUCGGUUCGGUUCUGUCGGUUCGCUGGAGGAGGCUUGGGUUGCGAAAGCUGAAGGAGGGUUGA